UGACGAUCCCGAGACGUAUCCAAAUUUGUUUGUUUAUUCAAUCUCGAGUGUAUCUUCAACACCUGUCCAUCUUGUGUCAAUAUAUUUCGACGAUUUGUUGGUAUCGAAUCCAUCAAUCUCGACAUUUGCGACUAGCUUGGUGACAUCAUUCUUACAAGCUCGCUACAUUUUGCAAAUCUGCCAAGCCUAUCUUGAGCUCCUAUUCAGAUACACCUUAAAACACCAGCUUCAGAUCACGUAGACCACACACUUCACAGCUGUCAUCAUGAGUUUACCGGAACAGAAGGAGGGUAUUAUGCCCCUUCAUUUCGUCCAGCAGCCACCUUUCUCAGUCCAAUCUCCUGGCGAGCUGGCCAAAGAUGGCGAAACACCACCUUACCGGAACGUGAAAGCCAAAGAUGGGCUCAUAGACAGGCCUGCUCCCAAUGUUGGUACAAUCUUUGAGCUACUGAAGAAUAGCGCAGACAAGUACCCUACCAAAAAUGCCAUGGGAUCGCGGAAACUCAUCAAGGUGCACAAGGAGAUCAAGAAAGUUGACAAGGUGGUCGACGGAGUGACCAAGAAAGUCAACAAGGAAUGGCAAUAUUUUGAGCUUUCCAGUUACUCCUUCCUCACAUACUCCGAGUAUGAGAAGUUGGUCCUGCAGAUUGGAGCAGGACUGAGAAAACUUGGGCUGGACCCCGGUGACAAGUUGCACAUCUUCGCUUCUACCAGCCGGAAUUGGCUGUCCAUCUCACAUGCGUGCUCUUCGCAAUCACUGACUAUAGCCACGGCUUAUGAUACACUGGGCCCGGAGGGUGUGCAGCAUUCCUUGGUGCAGACGAAAGCCAAGGCCAUGUACACAGACCCGCACCUCCUGAAGACGGCAGCAAACCCUCUGAAGGCGGCCAAGGAUGUCAAAUACUUAAUUUACAAUGACGAUACCAACAUGCCCGUGGACGACUCCGAGAUCACGAGUUUCAAAGAGGAACACCCACAUCUCAAGGUCAUCUCGUUCUCCGAGCUCCAGUCCCUGGGAGAGGCAAACCCUACUGCUCCCGUCCCGCCCAAGCCAACCGAUCUGUAUUGCAUCAUGUACACGUCAGGCUCAACUGGCCCACCCAAGGGUGUACCUAUAACCCACGAGGGCAUCAUCGCCGGUAUUGCUGGCCUGCAUUGUAACGUAGCUGAGGGAGUUUCUUUUAAGGAAGUCAUCCUCGCCUACUUGCCUCUUGCGCACAUAUUCGAGCUCGUUCUGGAAAAUCUGAUUCUAUUUGUCGGCGCGACGAUGGGUUACGGAUCACCACGAACGUUGGUAGACUCGAGCAUGCGGAACUGCGCAGGAGACAUGAGGGAGCUGAGGCCUACGAUCAUGGUUGGUGUUCCGCAGGUCUGGGAGACUGUAAAGAAGGGCGUCGAGGCAAAGGUCAACUCCUCCGGUGCCCUAACGAAUGCCCUGUUCUGGGGCGCAUAUAACCUGAAGUCUACAUUUGUUUCUUACGGCCUUCCCGGCGCAUCGCUGCUGGACGAUGUCGUAUUCGGCAAGGUGCGGCAAAUGACGGGAGGCCGCUUGAGAUUCAUCGUCAACGGAGCCUCCGGCAUCUCUGAAAGCACUCAGCAUUUCAUGUCUAUGGUGGUUGCACCCAUGAUUUCCGGGUAUGGUCUGACCGAAACCUGCGGCAACGGGUCCUUAGGCAACCCUCUGCAGUGGACACCGAACGCGAUCGGCCCAGUCCCAGGUGCAGUGGAGCUCAAGCUUGUAGGACUACCUGAACUGAACUACAGAACGGAUACGACCCCGCCGCAGGGAGAGAUUCUGCUUCGAGGAAAACCGGUGUUGAAAGAGUAUUACGAGAACCCCGAGGAGACCGAGAAGGCCAUAACCCCAGACGGCUGGUUCAAGACUGGCGACAUCGGAGAGAUUGAUGCCAAUGGCCAUAUCAAGGUCAUCGACCGUGUCAAGAACCUCAUCAAGAUGCAGGGCGGCGAGUACAUUGCGCUCGAAAAGGUCGAAGCUGUCUAUCGCGGAAGCAAGUACGUGGGGAACAUCAUGGUGCACGGCGACUCCUCGCAUCCACGAGCCAUUGCGCUUGUCAGCCCGAAUGAGAAGAACCUAAGCGAGCUGGCGAAGAGUCUGGGAGUCGAGGAGAAGCACAUGCAUACCGACAAGAAGGUCAGAGACGCCGUUCUGAAGGACCUGGGCGGAGUCGGCAAGAAGGGAGGCCUGGGCGGCUUGGAGAUGAUCACCAAUGUCGUGCUAGUAGAUGACGAGUGGACGCCUGCUAACAACCUCGUGACGGCAACACAGAAGGUGAACAGAAGAAAGCUGAAGGAGAAGUACGGCAAGGAGCUCGAGAACGGAUUCAAGGGAUAGACAUCAAUUUCAUGUGUUUACGAGCAAGAUGUUGGAUAUGCCAUCAUCUCUACGGCAUCUGGGUCGAGAGAGCCCCGAAACAGAUUAUAAUAGUCAGCUUUUAUAAUAUCAAAUAAUGAAUUUCUUCACUUCAGAAAA